CGCUCCCGUCUCUCUCUUCGGUAUGGAAGCACACAAUAAUGUUCUCCCCCCUCGCUACGCGCUCGAUCCAGCGCUCGCCGGGGCGCGUCCGUAGCCUCAGGUGUCUGUCCACCGCCUCUCCUCCCGCCCGGCCCAAGGUCAUCUUCUCUGGCAUCCAGCCCACCGGCGUCCCGCACCUGGGCAACUACCUAGGCGCCCUGCAGCAGUGGACCAAGCUCCAGAAUGAAGCUGCGCCUGAGGAUACCUUGAUCUACUCCAUUGUCGACUUGCAUGCCAUCACCAAUACUCAGAGUCCCCAUAAGCUGCGCCAAUGCCGGACGGAAAUGAUGGCGAGCUUGUUGGCCAUAGGGCUGGAUCCCAAACGCUCCACCAUUUUCCAGCAGUCGGCAGUGCCUGCGCAUUCGGAGCUGAUGUGGAUUCUCAGCACCCAGGCCUCCGUGGGCUACCUCUCGCGCAUGACGCAGUGGAAGAGCAAACUGUCGCUGCCUGAAAACGCCUCACCUCUCGAUCCGACUACGAAGGCACCGCUGAAACUCGGCCUAUUCUCUUACCCUGUCCUCCAGGCCGCCGACAUUCUUAUACACCGUGCUACCCAUGUCCCGGUGGGUGAAGACCAGCUCCAGCACCUAGAGUUUGCUCGUGAAUGCGCCCGCACAUUUAAUUUCAAAUUCCGCGGCAGACCCCUAGUCAUGCCUCGCACCAUCCUUUCCCCGGCGAAGCGUGUGAUGUCCCUUGCUGAUCCCACGAAGAAAAUGUCCAAAUCGGACAGUCUUCUCAAUUCGCGCAUUUUAAUCACUGAUACCGAAGACGAGAUCUGGCAGAAGAUUAGAAGUGCAAAGACGGACAGCAUCAAAGGCGUCACUUACGACCCUGAGGCUCGGCCAGGUGUAUCCAACCUGGUUGAGAUACUGUUUAAUCUUGAUAACUGCGGCGCGAGCUCCUGCGAAGAGCUGGCGAACCACAUGAAAGACUAUACGCUCUUGUCUUUGAAGCAGCAUGUUAACGAUGUUGUAAAUGCAGAGCUCGAGCCAAUCAGGAGCAAGUAUAACGAGUUGAUAAGCAAGGACCAAGGGAAAGCGUUGGCCGAAAUUGCUCACGAGGGCGCACAAAAGGCCUCUGCGAGUGCAGCUGCCACAAUGAAGAUCGUGAAAGAAGCAAUCGGCCUUGACUGAGGGUAGGAUUGUCCAAGUAUCAAAAUAGGUAGAAGGUAAAUUUAGAUCUUCAGGAUUUCCUAACUUGUACAAAUGAGAGC